CCGAAUUGCUAUGCUAGCGCCCAUGGGGCGGGAGCUGUCGAGUAUGCUUGAAGAUCGGCACCAAAGAGUUGGCGCGGCCCGAUACGUCAACGUUGAGUUUGCGCCAAACGCCGCGUGAUGCGCCGACGCCACCGCCGCCGUUGGCAAAUCAGAAGGGCGCAUUCGGGCACGAAACCGGAUCCGGAUACGCAACGCCUUUUUCGUCGAAAGAUGCAAGUUGAAGACUUUGGGUCAUUUCCAAGUUUGCACCAUGCCUGCCACCACUGUCGUUGUCUCCGGCGCCGCCGGCCAAGUCGGCUACUCGCUCCUCCCGCAGCUCUGCGGCGGCCACGUCCUCGGCGCCAACACGCGCAUCAACCUCCGCCUCCUCGACAUUCCCCAGUCGCUCGAGGUCAUGGAGGGCGUCAAGAUGGAGCUCCUCGACUGCGCGUACGACCUUGUCGAUGAAAUUACGCUCACGACGGACGCCGAGGUUGCGUUCAAGGGCGCCAACAUUGCGAUCCUCCUUGGUGGUUUCCCGCGCAAGGUGGGCAUGGAGCGCAAGGACCUCAUCGCCAAGAACACGGCCAUCUUCAAGGUCCAGGGCGAGGCCAUCGAGAAGGUGGCGGACCGCGACAUCAAGGUGCUCGUGGUCGCCAACCCGGCCAACACCAACUGCCUCGUGUGCAUGCGCCACGCGCCGAGCAUCCCGACUAAGAACUUUUCGGCCCUCAUGCGCCUCGACCACGAGCGCAUGCGCUCGCUCCUCACGGUCAAGAUCAACGAGGCGUGCGGGGCCAACACUGUCACCUCGACGCAGGUGCAGAACUGCAUUAUUUGGGGCAACCACUCGGCGACGCAGGUCCCGGACGCGUCGUACGUGACGAUCAACAAGGACGGCGAGGCCAAGCCGCUCUCGGCGUACUACAACGACCAGGACUGGCUCCACGGCUCGCUCAUGAAGGACGUGCAGCAGCGAGGCGCCGCUAUCAUCAAGGCACGCAAGCUCUCGUCGGCGCUCUCGGUGGCCUCGGCCAUCAAGGGCCACAUGCAGGCGUGGCUCUACGGCUCGACCGAGGUGGUCUCGAUGGGUAUCCUCUCGAACGGCAACAAGCACGGCGUGCCGGAGAACCUCAUCUUUUCGUUCCCGAUGCGCUGCCACGGCGACGGCCAGGUGACGAUUGACGAGACGAUGACCAUCUCGCCCGCCGUUGAGAAGCUCAUCAAGACGACGACGGACGAGCUCCUCAGCGAGAAGGCCGACGCCGCUUCGAUCCUCGGCAUGACGUUGUAAGUCGUUUGUUUCCAUUUUUGACACGAACUGCUUCCACGUCCCAUUUUCACAUAACUAUAAACAAUACGCAAGUCUGCCACCGUACA